GCCGCGGACAACAGUACACGGAGCUCUACGUACAAGUCUCCCUGUCCGGACCGGCUAGUCCUCAGUUCACCAGAUACUGCGCUGGCGUGUGGAUCGAUUUUUCCAAUUUACGGGUGCCUUGUAACUCUCAUCGAUAAGAUACUAUUAAGACGAUUUAGAUGAAAGUUGCGUGGAAUUCGUCAAUCACCUGUCGUGAUAAGAGUACCUGUGAUCGCGUCUCACGUUUUCUGGUGAACCGCAAGUUUUAAUUUGUGUCUCUUUCCUGAGUGCCGGGGAAACAUCUGUUGCCGACUGCGCGUGAACAGCUUAUUAUCUGUCUUUCGAGAUUCUCGGAAAGUAUCUUUGUCCUCUUGCGGCCGGUCGUUGUCUAAAAACUCGAAAGUGCGCCCAACGUGGUCUUGCGCAAGUCGCUUGUGUCUAUUUACGGUAAUAGUGCGAUAAGGGAAUCCCAAGUGGACUAAAGUGGUUAUUGGCAAAGUUCGCGAUUUUUUUCUCUUGACACGGUCCAAGUGAUUACUCGAAAUAGUCCGAUACUAUCUAAGCUUCUUGCUAAGUCCAGAUAAGGAAGAUAACAAAAUGCAUAGACGCAUAAGUGUUUGAUAUCAAAAGUGAAUUGUCGCCAGUGUACGCGCUAUCAGUGGAACUUGUUGCAUUGCUACUGUUUUUGGUUUUACUGUUACGUUGUUGUCAAACGACCUUAGGCAAAUUGUUGGUGUCAACCUAGUACUUCCAGUAUUUUCCAGUUUCUAACGCUCUCCUUGGACUGUCAUCGGAGUCAUAUACAAGUCAACUUUUCCACAAAUCACCUGCCAAUGAGAACAGGUGUCAGCUGGGUACACUAAUCGUUGCUUUUGAACAGAUCACCUUGGCUCCAGCGUAAUCAUCUCCAUCAUCCCCAGAUUUGGGCACACAACCUAAAUGACUUUGUGAUUUUUCUUUGAAAUAUCCAGAUUAGCUUAGUCGUCAUGAUUUUUAUCUGAAUGCAGCACGCCGCACAUGAAAGAUAUAUGAUUCCAACGUCUAUUUGCGAAAGUUUGUGUUUAGUUGGUCCGUUCGGAGAAGACCAGUAUAUGACAAUAGCCGGAAGAUUAGAAGAGUCGUGGAGGAGCUUAUCUUCCAAACUGAAGUAGUUACACAUAAUUUAAUAAAGUUGAUAAGAGCGAUCCGUGGUGAUAAUGGCUACGGUGGUUGGAGAUAUCUAAUUCAUUUGCACGUCAAAUCUCAGCCAGUCGAGAAGUUUGACUAUGGUGGCUCCAGGAAGGUUGCAUUUGUGGUUAAAGAAGUGAUCAACGCAAUUCAAGUGAAAAGUGGAACCAAAUUCCAAGUCUUCAAGUGAGUGUUUAGUGCGGGAUUUUUCGUAAAGGUGUAUCGAUUUUAAAAGUUCCCGGUAAUAAUGGAAGCUAUACAACGGACGCUACCCCCCAAUCCAAAAGAUGAAGCCAACUUUUUGUCGGAAUUGUUAUUUGCAUGGACAGUGCCGAUUUUCAAGCGUGGUUAUUCGAAAACCUUAGAUAUUGCCGAUCUUUUUCAACCCCUGCGUGUUGAUCGGUCUGAAUCGCUGGGCGAUCGAUUAGAUAAAGAAUGGCUGCACCAAGUGAAAACCACCAAGAAACCAUCGCUAAUGAAGGCCAUGAUGAAAACCUUCUGGAAGGAAAUCGUAUUUAUGGGACUUUUGGCUGUGGUCAACGAAAUAGGAGUCCGAUUAGCCCAGCCAAUUAUUUUAGGACAACUUCUACUUUAUUUUCGUCUAGGCAUAAAUAAGGACGAAGAUAGCAAAAAUGAUGCCCUUGCCUACGCUGGAGCCUUAGUUGCCUUGACUGCCAUAAGUGCCCUAACAUUCAAUCACUUCACAAUGUGUGCUUUUCACAACGGUAUGAAACUUCGAGUUGCGGUUUGCAGUGUGAUCUAUCGAAAGGCCUUACGGUUAUCAAGGACUGCGUUAGGAGACACAGCUCCUGGGAAGGUGGUCAAUUUAUUAUCGAACGAUGUCAGUCGAUUUGAUAUUGUGUCCAUCUUUGUGCAUUCAAUGUGGACCGCGCCUUUGUUGGCUGUGAUUGUUGGGAUUUUACUUUGGAACGAGAUUCAAUGGGCAGGGCUCGUGGGCAUUGCAGUUGUUUUCUUCGUUGUCCCGAUUCAAUCAUAUACCGGAAAACUAUCAUCAAAGUUUCGUUACCAGACUGCAGUUCGAACGGAUGAGAGGGUCCGAUUUAUGGAUGAAAUUAUUUCAGGGGUUCAGGUCAUCAAAAUGUAUGCCUGGGAGAAGCCAUUCUCCAAACUCAUUUCAUUGGCCCGUCGCAUGGAAUUGAAAAUUGUCCGGAAAAAUUCACACGUCCGCGCCUUGUACAUGACCUUCAAUUUGUUCACAACUCGCGCUGCCAUCUUCUGCACCAUGUUGACCAUAGCCUUGACCGGCGGAGAGAUAACGGCAGCAAAAAUUUUCGUCCUUUCAUCAUAUUUCAAUGUAAUUGCCUGGACAAUGUCACAAAUGUUUGUUCGUGGGGUAGCUGAAAUAGCAGAAGCUUGGGUCUCAUUCAAACGUCUCCAAAAGUUCUUGGAAUACGAAGAAAAGACGGAGAGUCCGAAAGCAUCCAAACAGGCUUUCCUCCAAGAAUUCGGUCUCAAUGGAAACUCUAACGAGAAGAUCAAUAUGAAUGGAAAUGUUAAUGUUGUACCACCGGAUGUUCUGGUUCAAUUGAACAAUGUAACAGCCAAAUGGUCCGACCCCAUCCAGCAAGAAAUCAACCCCAGAACCGGAAGACCCAUGAAGAGAAACAUUGGGAGCGAGAAGCAUAGUAGCGAUAGCUACGACUCGCCGACGUUAAGCAACGUCAGUAUUGAUUUCAAAAAGGGAAAGUUAAUUGGUAUCAUUGGUUCAGUGGGAGCGGGUAAAUCAUCGCUUCUACAGGUAAUUCUAGAAGAACUUCCAAUUGAUAGUGGUUCAUUGGUUGUACAAGGAAAAAUUUCUUAUGCAUGCCAAGAACCCUGGGUGUUUGCUGCUACCGUACGGCAGAACAUCCUCUUCGGCCAGGAAAUGGAAAAAUCUAGAUAUGAUUCCGUAGUUAAAUCAUGCGCUUUGGUUAAAGAUUUUGAGCAGUUUGAGAAUGGCGAUAAGACCAUUAUCGGCGAGAAGGGAGCAUCAUUGUCUGGCGGUCAGAAGGCGCGUAUAAAUUUGGCCCGAUCUGUUUACCGGGAAGCAGAUGUAUAUCUAUUGGAUGACCCUCUAAGUGCAGUAGACGCUCACGUGGGUCGACAUUUGUUCGAUGAAGUAAUUGGACCAAGUGGGCGAUUGGCACGAAGACGAGCUACAAGGAUUUUGGUGACUCAUCAAGUUCAUUUCCUGAAGGAGGCUGACUGGGUUGUGGUUUUGAAUGACGGCAAGGUAGCCAUGCAAGGCACACCAAACGACCUGGUCAAAAGCGGAGUUGAUUUCGCCGAACUCUUGGAACAGGACGAAAACGAACAAGAGGAAGAAAACGCGCUUGGUCGACGCAGUGGACGAUCAUCAUCAAGAUCCCUGGCAUCAUCUAGACACACCCUCGAUGGUGACAAUGAGAGCGACAAUGAGGAAGAACGCAAAGUUUUGGAGGAAGCGCAUAGAAUGGAAGCAACUUCAAAAGGAACAGUCAAAGGCUCUGUUGCUGGCAAUUACAUGAAAUCAAGUGGCUCAUAUGUAAUCCCGGUGAUUAUUAUAAUCCUUUUCAUCCUGACCCAAUUCUCUGCAAGUUUCGCCGAUUUCUGGGUAUCGUUCUGGACUAAGCAGGAAGAGUUGCGGUCUUAUUAUGAGAACCAUAACUUCACGGUGGACAAUGUUGGGCCAUUUAGUGGCGAUCUGGAUCUAGUCAUGCCGAAUGAGACGUCCCUCGUGGAUCAGUUUAACAGUACGCUGAAUGAAACUACUGUGGAAAGACAAACGGGACCCGUUGCAUACCUGCUGAGUACUGAUUUCUGUAUGAGCAUUCAUGGCAUCCUGAUUAUUGCAAUCUUUGUCAUUGGAAUCACAAGAUCCGUCGGAUUUUUCGGAAUGGCCAUUCGAGCAUCACAAAAUAUGCAUGAUGGAAUGUUCAAAGGAUUAAUUAAUGCUCCAAUGCGUUUCUUUGAUACCAAUCCGUCCGGUCGUAUUUUGAAUCGUUUCUCGAAAGAUAUGGGCGCCACCGAUGAACUUCUGCCUAAAGCGUUACUAGACGCUGGUCAAAUCAUCCUUAAUAUGUUGGGAGCUAUCAUUGUAACAUCAAGUGUUCAACCCCUGUUCCUUAUUCCUGUUCUUUUGCUGGGAGUACUGUUUAUGAUUAUUCGAAAAAUAUACCUGAAAACGUCUAAGAAUAUCAAACGGUUAGAAGGAAUAACAAAAUCUCCGGUAUUCACACAUCUUGCUGCCUCACUGAGCGGAUUGUCAACUAUACGAGCCUAUGGAGCCCAGAAGGAACUCAUAAGAGAGUUCGACGCUCAUCAGGAUAUACACACAGCAUCCUGGUACAUGUUCAUUAGCACGUCGACAUCUUUUGGACUUUCGCUGGAUAUAAUUUGUUUAGUGUUCAUGGCGUGUGUUACUUUCUAUUUUGUUGUAAUCGAUGCAGGUGCUAUGGGCGGUGAAGUUGGUCUGGCAAUCACCCAAACAAUGGCUCUAACCGGUCUCCUGCAAUGGGGCAUCCGACAAAGUGCCGAAGUAGCAAAUCAACUUAUGUCAGUUGAAAGAAUUCUCGAAUAUCGUGACUUGGAGCACGAAAAAGAACCCACGAAAGAGACCCAAGUUGAGAAGGAUUGGCCACAAAAGGGACGCUUGGAAUUCCGACAAGUAUUCUAUCGUUAUUUCGAAGGAGCUGAGCCAGUCCUUAAAGGACUUAACUUUGUUAUUCAUCCGAACGAGAAGAUUGGCAUUGUCGGGCGUACAGGUGCCGGAAAGUCCUCUCUAAUUGGUGCCCUAUUUCGGUUAGCGAAAAUCGAUGGAGAUAUCCUUAUCGAUGGCGUUAACACUGCCACGGUACAACUGCAAGCUCUACGCUCGAAAAUCUCAAUCAUCCCACAAGACCCAGUCCUGUUCUCAGGGACACUUCGUAGGAAUUUGGAUCCAUUUGAGGAAUAUCCCGACUCAGAUUUGUGGCGUGCUUUGGAAGCUGUCGAGCUCAAGGACAUUGCCAGUGGACCGCAUGGAUUACAGAGUGCUGUCGCAGCUGGUGGAGGCAAUUAUAGCGUGGGGCAGCGACAAUUGGUCUGUCUGGCUCGUGCCAUUUUACGUAACAAUAGGAUUUUAGUAUUAGAUGAGGCGACUGCAAAUGUAGACCCCCACACGGAUAAUUUAAUCCAGACGACCAUCCGCGAGCGUUUCCACGACUGCACAGUCCUGACAAUUGCUCAUCGGUUGUACACAAUUAUGGACUCCGAUCGUAUCCUUGUUAUGAAUUUCGGACAUGCGGAAGAGUUCGAUACACCCUACGAGUUACUACAAUUGCCGAAUGGCAUCCUUAAAAAUAUGGUCCUUGCGACUGGAUCGCAGGAGGCCGAAAGGCUUUAUCAAUUAGCUAGGGAAAAGCAUGAAUCAAGCAUAAAGGAGUCCUGAUUCCAAAGAAACCUUGAAGGUGCUUGGAAACGUGUUUGCUAUGUAAAUAGAUGAGGAUAGGAAUUUGUGUGUGUAUGUAAGGCCUGUAUUAUGUUAAGAUUGGAAUGUAUCCUUGCAUCUUUGAUUGCAUUUAAUUUAAAUGUGCAGAUCGUUUGUACGGUUUAAGUGUUUCUGUUGUGAACGCAUGUGCAUUAGGUUUUCUCGUUCUUUUGAAAGCGUCUAUUGUAUCUGAGAAUAAUUCAAAACGUUCCAUGCAAUAUCAAACGAAAUUGUUAAUAAAUUACAAGAACUUUUAUCGAUAAGUACAGGAAAGUAAUGUACCUUGGCGAUAUGAGGCCUAUUAUACUUAAAAUGGGAGUGUAAGGAUCGAAGGUACUUUGUCUUCAUGUGCACUCGUUUUGUAAAUUUGCCAAUUUUUUAUAGAAAUUUAUAUUGUGUAUAAAUAAAGAAAUAAAUAGAAAAAGAAAAUA